AUGUACAAUAACGUGCUUACUUGUUUCUUGUUGCUAAGCGUAGUUGACAGAGUAUUUGGUGGUGCAUGUAGUAAUGGUGCCGUUUCCGCUGGACGUAAGUGUUCAUAUGUUUUGACUCCCUCUAUAAAACCAUCUUCAUAACAAAAAUCCAGUUAGGAUAGGGUGGGGUAGAGUUCUCUUAUGAAUUCAUGUUUAACAUUACACGCUCGACCUCACGUUGCAAAUUAGACGAUUCUAAACGUGGGACUUUGGUGUAAAGGACGAAGUCAAAAAAAAGUCUUAAAAUUUUCUCCACCACUCGUUCCUAGUGUCUGAAAGUGGCUACAGACCGUCCAUUUAAGAUUUUUUUAAAAUUAAUUUUUACAUAUAAGGUACGAGCUAAAUACCCCUCCAGACCAAAAGUGCCCGUUCUCAUUGUGGAAUCCCUGUAUAACGAACAACUUUGAAAUAUUCGGCCGAUUCGUUUUACAGAAGCGCCAGGGUAGUUAUUAUUAAAUGUAUAUUGUCGUUUAAGUGAAGUUUUUUAGCUUGUAUCAAGAACGUUUGCCCAUCCGGUUACGAAUGUUUGAGCAGUGUGUGCUGUAAGUUUUUUUAAUAUUUUAAUGUUAAAACAAACAGAACUAUUCAUGUUUUUAAUUAUAAACUGCUUUAAUAAAAAACGUCUACUAUUUAGGUGAACAAAUGCUACACGCCAAUGAAAACGACGUGCAAGCGGACGAUGCUGAUACAACAACAGCUUCUACCCCAACAACCCCAACCACACCCACAACACCUUUCAACCCAUUUUGUGUUGAUGGUGCUAUCAACUGCGGUAUGUUUGUUGCAUAUUGUUUCUCGGAUCAAUACCUUGAAUGCAUGGUCAAUCACUGUGCUAGAACUUGUGAAUAUUGCAACCCCGGUCGAUAA